CAUUAAGAGGGACGGGUGGUUUCUCUGACGCGUGUCUCGGUCCUCUGACGGCAUCUGCCCCCUUUAUAAGCCUCAGCAAGUCACCCGAGAGACCCCCACCGCCGUUUCGCUUUACAGUUGCCCACCAGUACAAAGAGGGACGCGUAUUUCAAAGCUGCUGGAAGUGUGAUGCUCGUUUUCUUUGCUCAUCUGCCCACACGCAUGACUCUGGAAAGAUUUUUGGUCUUCAUGUCCUCCCGUUCCUAGCAGAAGACCACUGCGACAAUGACCAUCCAUGCAGAGGGGCUUGUGGCUAUCGUGGUCUUCUAUCUCCUCAUCCUGUUCGUGGGCAUCUGGGCGGCAUGGAAGAACAAACACUCCGGGGAGGCGGAGGGCACCGACCGCAGCGAAAUCAUCAUGGUCGGAGGGAGAGACAUCGGACUCUUUGUCGGCGGAUUCACAAUGACAGCGACCUGGGUGGGUGGAGGAUACAUCAAUGGCACAGCUGAGUAUGUGUAUCUUCCCGACUACGGUUUGGCUUGGGCUCAAGCCCCAUUUGGAUAUGCUCUCAGUCUGGUUGUUGGUGGGCUUUUCUUUGCUAAACCCAUGCGCUCAAGGGGUUACGUCACCAUGCUGGACCCGUUCCAGCAACUUUAUGGGAAACGCAUGGGUGGUCUUCUCUUCAUACCUGCGUUCAUGGGUGAGAUUUUCUGGUCUGCUGCCAUCCUGUCCGCCCUCGGCGCUACUCUGAGUGUCAUUGUGGACAUCAACAUCAAGAUGUCAGUGGUUAUCUCUGCACUCAUAGCAAUCUUCUACACCCUGGUUGGAGGACUGUACUCUGUGGCCUACACGGACGUGGUGCAGCUGUUUUGCAUCUUUAUUGGCCUUUGGAUCAGCGUCCCUUUUGCUUUGACUAACGCUGCGGUGUCAGACAUCACCGUCACUGCAGUGAAGAGGGUUUACCAGUCACCGUGGAGAGGCAGCAUCAAGAAGGAAGACACCUGGAUGUGGGUCGACAACUUCUGUCUUCUGAUGCUGGGAGGAAUACCUUGGCAAGUGUAUUUCCAAAGGGUGUUAUCUGCCUCCUCCGCCACCUAUGCACAGGUUCUCUCUUUCCUGGCCGCGUUCGGAUGCCUCGUCAUGGCCGUGCCCUCCGUUCUCAUCGGAGCCAUUGGGGCCUCCACAGACUGGAACAAGACAAGUUACGGUGGUGAAGCUCCUAAAGACAAAGAUGAAGCAGCAAUGAUUCUCCCCAUUGUGCUGCAGCACCUCUGUCCGCCAUUUGUUUCUUUCUUCGGUUUGGGGGCUGUGUCUGCUGCUGUCAUGUCCUCUGCAGACUCCUCCAUUCUGUCUGCAAGCUCCAUGUUUGCAAGAAACAUCUACCAGCUGGCCUUCAGACAGUCAGCAUCCGAUCGUGAAAUUGUGUGGGUGAUGCGAAUCACAAUCUUUGUAUUUGGCGGCCUUGCCACGCUGAUGGCCCUGGGCGCUGGCACGGUUUAUGGCCUCUGGUACCUGAGCUCAGAUCUGGUUUAUGUCAUCAUCUUCCCGCAGCUCCUCAGCGUGCUCUUUGUCAAAGGCACAAACACGUACGGCUCGGUGGCCGCGUACUUGUUUGGCCUGCUGCUGCGCAUAGGCGGGGGUGAGCCCUACCUGCACCUGCCUCCUUUCAUUUAUUACCCAGGCUGGACGACCGAGCAGCGGAAGCACCAGGACUCCGACGAAAUGGAGGAAAUUAUCAUACAGCGGUUCCCCUUUAAGACCGUCUCUAUGUUGGCCUCCUUUUUCGGUAACUUUGUUUUCUCGUACCUGGCGAAGUACUUGUUCGAGAGCGGAAAGAUUUCGCACAAAUAUGACUUUCUGGAUGCCGUGGUGUCCAGCCGCAGUGGGGAAAUAAUGGAUAAAACUACUCUUGUUACCCGAGGCAACAACAUCGGGCUGUCUGAGUUAGCGCCUGUCAAGCCGCGGCUGAGUGUGACCUUGGCAGCCGCCUUUACCCGCCGUGACACGCUGCCAGAGGAAACAGUUGAAGAGGAAGAGGAAGAGUCCAGCCCUGACUUCUCACAUAAAGAAUAAUAAAACCUGGAUUUCAUAAAAAUGUAAAGAUGGAAUACCUGACUGAACUGGCAGGAGGCCAAGAGGCAAGAGGAAAAUAUCAUCUUUCUGGACUUUAAAGUACUUGGACAUCCCACUUAAUUGGAUAAGAGCCACAUGUCAGGAUAUUAGACUCUUGAUUAUAGCCGCUUGCUGAUUAUCACACCUACAUAUUGAAAUAUAUACAUAGAAAGCACUUAUACAUUGUCACCUUGCAUACCUCAUGCCUUUUUAACUGGGUUAGAGGGUUUAACUGGGUUAUGAGAAGUCCAGUUUAUUUGACUAU